AUUUGUCUUGUUAAAAUUCAUGACAUGUAUUAGGUUACAAUAAUUUUAAUAUAACUUAAUGAAAUUUUUUAAUAAAGAUGUGGUGUGUGUGUGUGCGCGCGUGCACACGAGUGUGUGUUGGUGUGUGUGUGUGAGAGCUGGGGGAUGAUAGCUGACUCAUAAAUUACCAGAAAUCAUUUUUCUUUUCCUCUCCUUUCUUUCCCUUCUGUUUUAGACAGUGAUUUCACUAUGUCACAGUCCUUUAGAGUUAUAAUUUAUUGCCGUAAAACUGAAUGUGUGACUUGAUAAGGGACAUACAAAAUUGUUUGCAAACAGGGACUUCAUAUCAAGUGUUACCUGAGUCUCUUUGUACUCAACUGGUAAAGAGGAACCUCCUUCUCCCAGGUGUCAAUUUUUUUUAUUUUUUGCUGUUCAGGAUAAUGAUUUUACAAGUAAUAAUAACUUUUGUGGCAAGCUCAGGCAGGUUCACCAAAUGAUACUGACUUUGGUUGUCCUUGUUGAUAAUGACAAUGAUUGAUGUGUUAGCCUAUUUCAAAAGAAGACAGAAAAAGGACUGCUAUAGCAAUGGAGCUGAUCACUGACCAUCGCAUCUUGUUCCUGGAUGAGCCCACAACUGGUUUAGACUCCAGCACUGCACAUGAUGUCAUUUGGCUCUUAAAAUG